ACCCCACGUAGUCGGAAGUAAACAAUAAGCUCACAUGUAUAGCCAAGAUGGCUGUAGACAGAAAAGUAUGAUAUUUGUCAGUUAUAAAGCAAGCUAAUAUAAACAAAUACUAGCUACCGUUUUAUGUUUAAGUAAACAUAAUUUUCAUGCUUUAACGACAAACACGACCUCAGCGGCAGAAUGAGCAAUAUAUAUAUUCAAGAGCCACCAACAAAUGGAAAGGUCCUGUUGAAGACCUCAGCAGGUGACAUUGACAUCGAGUUGUGGUCCAAGGAGGCUCCUAAAGCAUGCAGGAACUUUGUGCAACUGUGCAUGGAAGGUUACUAUGAUGGCACAAUAUUUCACAGAGUGGUGCGUGACUUCAUUGUUCAGGGGGGCGAUCCCACUGGAACAGGGGCAGGUGGAGAGUCCAUCUAUGGCCGGCCAUUCAAGGAUGAAUUUCACUCCAGAUUGCGCUUCAAUCGGAGAGGUUUGGUUGCCAUGGCAAAUGCUGGGCCACAUGAUAAUGGCAGUCAGUUUUUCUUCACCUUGGGACGUGCAGAUGAGCUCAACAAUAAACACACCAUAUUCGCCAAGGUCACAGGAGACACAGUUUAUAAUAUGCUCAGAUUGGCAGAAGUUGAAUGUGACAAUGAGGAAAGACCUUUGAAUCCCCACAAGAUAAAAAUUGCUGAGGUGCUUCAUUCUCCUUUUGAUGACAUUAUACCUCGUGAAAUAAAGAAAGCCAAAAGGGGAAAAGAUAAAGAGGAGGGAAAGAAAUCACAGUCAAAAGCCACAAAGAACUUCAGUCUGUUAUCAUUUGGAGAGGAAGCUGAAGAAGAAGAGGAGAUGGUGAAUCAAGUGAGCCAGACACUAAAGGGAAAAAGCAAAAGCAGCCAUGACCUUCUGAAAGAUGAUCCCCGUCUGAGCUCUGUUCCAGCAGUUGAUAAGAAAAAAAAGGAGAGGACAUCAGGAGAUACAGCUGAGACAGACGAUGAGUCCGAUGAUGAUGUUGAAGGUGACAUGGAUGAAGAGUAUGAUUCAGAUAAGAAAGAGAAGAUGAGAGAGCUCAUCAGUAAAAAGCUUCAGAAAGAAAAAGGUGCAGAGAAGGCAACAGAGCCCAGUGAGGACGAGCGAGGGAAAAAGACCAACCGCAGUGAUGAAUUACGGAAAGAAGCGCGGCAGUUGAAGAAGGAACUACAGGCCAUAAAGCAAAGGAAAGAAGAAAGUUUAAAACCUGCUGUAGAUGAAGUCAAGGAGGUGGAUAAAAAGCCGUCCAGUGAGGCCGUGGCUGAGUAUCUGGAGGGACGAAAGAAGUACGAAGAGCUUAGGAAACAAAAACGGAAGAAAGGCUCAAACAGAGAAGAACAGACACUGGCCCUCCUCAAUCGUUUCAAGUCCAAGCUGUCUUCGGCCAUCACUGAAGCUCCAGAGGAGGACGUGGAGGAGCUGGCAGAAGAUGACGACAAAGGAUGGAUGGCCCAUGUUCUGCAGUUUGAUGAGCAAACCAGAAAAGUCAAGGAUGCCAACAUGCAGGACGAGGACACUUUCGAGAUCUACGACCCACGCAACCCCGUCAAUAAACGAAGGAGAGAGGAGAGCAAGAAGAUCAUGAAGGAGAAGAAGGCCAAGAGGUGAGGUCAUGAGGUCGAAGGUCAGGUCCUGCCCAAGCCAUGUGACUUAAAAACUGGUCAUACAGCAUCCGGCCUGUCCACUUUUCCACCACUUCAAACCCCACUUUGUUGAACGGUUUCCUGGCUCGAACAUCUGGAUUGAGCUGAGCUGAGCGCAUACGAUCCCUGUAAUCUGUGAUGGAAAGGCUUCUUCACUUGGAACAGCUGCACCCGGACAACCCUCAGUUAAGACUGUGGUCAUAGUAAUGAUUAAGGGCGUGAUUUGAUUACGUGUAAUGUUGUUAACUUUUCUAUGCCAUUCGUUUUCUGUUUAUGUUGUCUAGAGCUUAAAUGUGAGCAUUAGACUUUGCCAGAAAAAAAUAAAUUACAUUUGCAAGCA